GGCCGGGUGCGGAGCGGCCCGCGCCAUGGGGAGCCCCCGGGCCGCGCUGCUCCUCCUGCUCCUGCGCCCGGUCAAGCUGCUGCGGAGACGCUUCCGGCUGCUGCUGGCGCUGGCGCUCGUGUCCGUGGGGCUCUGGACCCUCUAUCUGGAACUGGCGGCGUCGGCUCAGGUCGGCGGGAACCCCCUGAACCGGAGAUAUGGCAGCUGGAGAGAACUGGCCAAGGCUCUGGCCAGCAGGAACAUUCCAGCUGUGGAUCCAAACCUCCAGUUUCAUCAUCCCCAGAGGCUGGGCCCCAAGGACCAAGACUUUGAGCGAGGUAGGAGUGGUAACAACAGCUACCUGAAGUGGAAUAAGCCCGUCCCAUGGCUCUCAGAGUUCCAGGGCCAUGCCAACCUGCAUGUGUUCGAAGACUGGUGUGGCAGUUCCAUUCAGCAGCUCCGGAGGAACCUGCACUUCCCGCUGUACCCCCACAUUCGCACAACCCUGAGGAAGCUGGCUGUUUCCCCCAAAUGGACCAACUAUGGCCUCCGCAUUUUUGGCUACCUGCAUCCCUUCACCGAUGGGAAAAUACAAUUUGCCAUUGCUGCAGAUGACAACGCUGAGUUCUGGCUCAGCCGGGAUGACCAGGUGUCAGGCCUUCAGCUGUUGGCCAGUGUGGGCAAGACUGGAAAAGAGUGGACUGCCCCUGGAGAGUUUGGGAAAUUUCGGAGCCAAAUUUCCAAGCCAGUGAGCCUGGUGGCCUCCCAGAGGUACUACUUUGAGGUGCUGCACAAACAGAAUGACAAGGGCACAGAUCAUGUGGAAGUUGCGUGGCGACGGAACGACCCUGGAGCCAAGUUCACUAUUAUUGACUCCCCUUCCCUGUCGCUCUUCACAAAUGAGACAGUCCUAAGGAUGGAUGAUGUGGGCCACAUCCCCCAGACAGCAGCCAGCCAUGUAGGCUCCCGAGACUCUCUUCCCAGAGAGGAGCCGCCUCUCGCAGACAUGCUGCAGCCUGACCCUCGGGAUACCCUCUAUCGAGUGCCUCUGAUCCCCAAGGCUCAUCUCCGCCAUGUCUUGCCUGAUUGUCCCUACAAACCCAGCUACCUGGUGGACGGGCUCCCCCUGCAGCGUUACCAGGGACUCCGCUUUGUUCACCUGUCCUUCGUCUACCCCAAUGACUAUACCCGCCUGAGCCACAUGGAGACCCAUAAUAAAUGCUUCUACCAGGAAAACUCAUACUACCAGGACAGGUUCAGCUUUCGGGAGUACAUCAAGAUUGACCAGCCUGAGAAGCAGGGGCCGGAGAAGCCAGGUUUUGAGGAAGGCCUUCUAGAAGAAUCCCAGUAUGGAGAAGCAGCAGAGGAAACCCUUGACUCCAAUGACCAGAAUGCCAUGAUGCCAGAAGGAAAACAAGGGCCUACCUUUACCCCUGGGCAGGAUGUCACUGACUACCACCUCCGAAGCCUACGGAAACUCCUGGCUCAGCCCCAGGAGGGUCUUCUGGCACCCUUUUCCAAGCAGAACUCCACAGCUCCCUUCCCUAUGAGGACCACCGAUGUCCCAGUCCAGCAACCAGAGAAGAGAGAGAAAAGACCCAGCCCUGAGCCUAGCGAAGAUCCACCUCACUCUGAGAAGUGGCCUCCGGGGCCCCUGGCAGGGAAACUGCCUGCAGUCAAGGGGCCCAGGCCCACUGGUAACAGUCCCAGGAAGACUCUAGGGCAGUCCCAGUGGCUGAAUCAAGUUGAGACAUACAUUGCAGAGCAGAGAAGGGGAGAUAGGAUGGAGCCCCCAGCCCCCAGGAGGGGUUGGCCUGGUGAGGAAGAGGUAGUGGUAGCUGCAGGUGAGGAAGGACAGGUGGAAGGAGAAGAAGAGGGGGAAGAAGAGGAAGAGGAAGAAGAAGAGGAUAUGAGUGAGGUGUUCGAAUAUGUGCCCAUGUUUGACCCGGUGGUAAACUGGGACCAGACCUUCAGUGCUCGGAAUGUUGACUUCCAAGCCCUGCGGACUGACUGGAUCGAUCUGAACUGUAACACGUCUGGCAACCUGCUGCUUCCAGAGCAGGAGGCUCUCGAGGUCACGCGGGUCUUCCUGAAGAAGCUCAACCAGAGGAGCCGGGGGAAGUACCAGCUCCAGCGCAUUGUGAACGUGGAGAAGCGCCAGGACCAGCUACGCGGGGGUCGUUACCUCCUGGAGCUCGAGCUGCUGGAACAGGGGCAGCGGCCCGUGCGGCUCUCCGAGUAUGUGUCUACCCGCGGCUGGCAGGGCAUCGAUCCAGCUGGUGGGGAAGAGGUCGAGCCCCGGAACCUGCAGGGCCUGGUUUGGGGCUCACACAACCGCCGGAGACAUGUCUUGAAUGUCCGGGCCCCAGAGCCCAAGCUGUGUUGGCCGCAGGGCUUCUCCUGGAAUCACCGAGCCGUGGUCCACUUCAUUGUCCCUGUGAAGAACCAGGCGCGCUGGGUGCAGCAGUUCAUCAGAGACAUGGAAAAGCUGUUCCAGGCCACUGGUGACCCACACUUCAAUAUCAUCAUCACUGACUACAGCAGUGAGGACAUGGACGUGGAGAUGGCCCUCAAGAGGUCCAAGCUGCGGAGCUACCAGUACAUGAAGCUGCGUGGAAACUUCGAGCGCUCAGCUGGGCUUCAGGCCGGCAUAGACCUGGUGAAGGACCCGCACAGCAUCAUCUUCCUCUGUGACCUCCACAUCCACUUCCCUGCUGGAGUCAUCGAUACCAUCCGGAAGCACUGUGUGGAGGGCAAGAUGGCCUUUGCCCCCAUGGUGAUGAGGCUGCAUUGCGGGGCCACCCCCCAGUGGCCUGAGGGCUACUGGGAGGUGAAUGGGUUUGGACUGCUCGGCAUCUACAAGUCAGACCUGGACAGAAUCGGAGGCAUGAACACCAAGGAGUUCCGAGACCGCUGGGGCGGGGAAGACUGGGAGCUGCUGGACAGGAUCCUCCAAGCAGGCCUGGAAGUGGAGCGACUCUCCCUCAGGAAUUUCUUCCAUCACUUCCAUUCCAAGCGAGGCAUGUGGAACCGUCGCCAGAUGAAAAUGCCAUGAUCCUGAGGGGCGGCCCACUUGACCGACCAACCAACUGCUUCCCACUCCUUGACUCGUGCUCGCUCCCCAGCACCCCUGCUCACCAUUGAGGAGGAGAGGGAAGGGGAGCAGGAGCCAUGGCUGGGCCCCGAGAGGCCUCAGAGCUAACACUGUCACUUCCCCCAGAGCUGUUACCUCACACAGGCAGCUGCCAAGGCCCCUGUCUCUACCCUCGAGGCCUCCAGAGGGAGGACCUUGGGAGAGGGACCGGGAGGGGCCGUUCACUCAGUUGACAGAGGUGGACAGGCUUCUGGGAAAGGUGCCAGAGUCUUCUGGGAAAGAAAGACCUGUUUGAGUGCUACCAACCUAUCCGUAAGGUGCAUUCCAGCAUCCACCCGGGGAGUAGUGACCAGGACGUGGAAACUCUUCUCUUGGACAUAUUUCAUUGGGGGUUUUUACUUUUCUAACAGAAAACCAAAACUGUAACUGUCCAGACCCAGCACUGACUAUGAGAGACAGAUGCAGUCUUGCACUUAAGGCACGUCCCCACUUGUAUACCUGACCCACUCCGGUGUAGCGUGUUGUGUCCCUCGGUCCUUGAUCUGGCAGCUGAUUUAUAACCAGAGGAGCUGGCACAGCACGGAUCAGUUCUCAGCUCUACCCCAGGCUUGUGCCUUCCAGAGACAUGCACAUCUCUCCCAGGGAGCCACUGAACAGCUGGUCCCUGAUUAGGGCAUUAACCUUACCCUCCUGGUGGUGCUAACUUCAGACCGACGACCACAAGCACAGAACUGGUGGCAUUUUUAUGGUGGCCCAGUGGGGUUGGGAGACAGACAGCUAGUGGACAUGGGCUUGUCAUUCCCCAGGGUCUGGCAUACAGGCUGCGCAGGACAGGCAUGGUGGAGGAGGUGUGAGAAGCCCCUGGCCUGGCCUAGCCCACCUGUAGGCUAAAGCCUUGGGGAGAAUGUGAAGCAGAGAGGAAAGAGGAUGAGGAUGUAAGAAAGCCCUGGACUUGGGAAGGGGGUGGGGCGUCCAGCAGGAAGGGAAGAAAGGGAAGUGGAAGACUGGAGUCCCCACAGCCCCGCUCUCCCACACACUUGCCCUCCAGCAGGGAGAUCCCCAGGCCCCACCUGCCUACGUGGAAGAGGAAGGGGUGUGUUCAAGAUGGAGGAACAGGGGCUAGGGUGAGAAGGGGCAGGGCCAUGGGUUUGGGGAGGCAAGGGCAUCACCCUGAGAUCUCUUCCCCAAUUGGAGGGGAGUAGAGCCAGAAGGAACUGAAAAGCAGAGCCCUUUCAGGGAAGAGCCUUUGGCCUUUGUCGUCUUCAGCUGCCCCUUCUGACACCUGCUGAUCACACACUUAUCUUGCACUAAAAAUCCCCAGGUGCCUUUGGGGCUGGGGAUUUUGCUGCUGCUGCUGCUGCCUUUGCCGCUGCUGCUGAACUGACCAAUGGUGCAUUGGGCACUGGCUCUGGAACUGCAGUGUCCGUGUAAGGAGGGGGGCGCAGGGCUCCCUGCUGUAAGGAAACACCAAUGGGGGUUGCGGCAGGUUGCGGCGGGGCCCAGGAGGGUAGUCAGUGAGCCCACGCUCCCUGCUGCAAUAAAGUCCAAGCCACAA